GUUGUCGCCUCUCACGUGGACGUGUCCUCGCUGACGGCGAGGCGUGUGACAUCUGAUCAGCCAUGAUGACGACAGUGGCGGCGGAGUUCGACCACAUGGAGCUGCAGCAGCAGUACAGCAGCAGCGACACGGUCAACAAGCGCUGGGACGACGACUGGGACAACGAGAACAGCUCGGCCCGGCUCUUUGAGAGGUCGCGCAUCAAGGCGCUCGCAGAUGAACGAGAGGCAGUUCAGAAGAAGACCUUCACCAAGUGGGUCAACUCCCACCUAUCCAGGGUCUCCUGCAGAAUCACAGACCUCUACAUGGACCUGAGAGAUGGACGGAUGCUCAUCAAACUGCUAGAAGUUCUCUCCGGGGAGAAGCUGCCCAAGCCCACCAAAGGUCGGAUGCGGAUCCACUGCCUGGAGAAUGUGGACAAAGCUUUGCAAUUCCUCAAAGAGCAGCGGGUUCACCUGGAGAACAUGGGCUCCCACGACAUUGUGGACGGGAAUCAUCGCCUGACUCUGGGUCUGAUCUGGACCAUCAUCCUACGAUUCCAGAUUCAGGACAUCAGUGUGGAGACUGAAGACAACAAGGAGAAGCGUUCGGCCAAAGACGCUCUGCUGCUCUGGUGUCAGAUGAAGACUGCCGGGUACUCAAACGUCAAUAUCCAUAACUUCACCAGCAGCUGGAGGGAUGGGAUGGCCUUCAAUGCUCUCAUUCACAAACACAGACCUGAUUUGAUUGACUUUGAUAAACUGAAGAAGUCUAACGCUCACUACAACCUUCAGAAUGCCUUUAACCUGGCAGAGCAGCACCUAGGCCUGACCAAGCUGCUCGAUCCAGAAGACAUCAGCGUGGACCAGCCCGAUGAAAAAUCCGUCAUCACCUACGUGGUGACCUAUUAUCACUACUUCUCUAAAAUGAAGGCUCUGAAGGUAGAGGGCAAACGGAUCGGAAAGGUCCUGGACAACGCCAUCGAGACAAAGAAGAUGAUCGAGAAGUACGAGUCUCUGGCCUCAGACCUGCUGGAGUGGAUCGAGCAGACCAUCAUCAUCCUCAAUAACAGGAAGUUCUCCAACUCUCUGGUGGGGGUCCAGCAGCAACUGCAGGCUUUCAACACCUACCGGACUGUGGAGAAACCUCCAAAGUUUACAGAGAAGGGGAACCUGGAGGUCCUGCUCUUCACCAUCCAGAGUAAGAUGAGAGCCAACAACCAGAAGGUCUACAUGCCUCGUGAAGGAAAACUCAUCUCUGACAUCAACAAGGCAUGGGAGCGUCUGGAGAAGGCAGAGCAUGAAAGGGAGCUGGCCCUGAGGACGGAGCUCAUCCGUCAGGAGAAGCUGGAGCAGCUGGCCAGGCGCUUUGACAGGAAGGCAGCAAUGAGGGAGACCUGGCUCAGUGAGAACCAGAGGCUGGUAUCCCAGGACAACUUUGGCUUUGACCUCCAGGCUGUGGAGGCGGCCACCAAGAAACACGAGGCCAUUGAGACAGACAUUGCAGCAUACAAGGAGCGGGUCCAGGCUGUGGUCGCCGUGGCAAAGGAGCUGGAGGCAGAGCAUUACCAUGACAUCAAACGCAUUGCAGCCAGGAAGGACAACGUGAUCCGAUUAUGGGAGUACCUGCUGGAGCUGCUUAAGGCACGCAGACAGAGACUGGACAUGAACCUGGGUCUGCAGAGGGUCUUCCAGGAGAUGCUCUACAUCAUGGACUGGAUGGACGAGAUGAAGAUGUUGCUGCUGUCUCAAGACUAUGGAAAACAUUUGCUGGGGGUGGAGGAUCUGCUGCAGAAACAUGCCCUGGUAGAGGCCGACAUCUCCAUUCAGGCAGACCGGGUUAAGACCGUGGUCACCAACGCCAACAAGCACUCGGUCUGCGACAGCGGCUACAAGCCCUGCGACCCGCAGGUCAUCCAGGACCGGGUCGCCCACCUGGAUUUCUGCUACCAGGAGCUGACCCAGCUGGCUGCCGAGCGUCGUGCCCGCCUGGAGGAGUCUCGCCAGCUCUGGAAAUUCUUCUGGGAGAUGGCAGAGGAGGAGGGCUGGAUCAGAGAGAAGGAGCAGAUUCUGUCCUCCCUGGAGCACGGUAAGGAUCUGACGGGUGCAACGCGCCUCCUGAGCCAGCAACGCGCCCUGGAGGAUGAGAUGAGCGGGCGAGCUGGACACCUGCAGCACACGAUAGCCGAGGGUCAGGCUAUGAUUCAGGCGGGUCACUUCGGUGCAGCUAAGAUUCAGGAGCGCAUCGCAGAUCUGCAGGCUCAGUGGGUUGCACUCGAGCAGCUUGUCGCCAUGAGGAAAAGGAGUCUGGAGGAGGUUCUGGCCCUGCAUCAGUUCCAAGCCGACGCAGACGAUGUUGACGCCUGGACACUGGACGCACUGCGCAUCGUCUCCAGCGGUGAGACGGGCCACGACGAGUUUUCCACCCUGGCCCUGGUCAGGAAACACAAGGACACUGCUACAGAGGUGGCCAGCUAUCGCUCAGUCAUCGACUCGCUUCAUGAACAGGUAGCGGCACUACCUACGGAGAAGGCAGAGUCUGAGGAGGUGCACGACCGGCUGGCUGGCAUCGAGGAACGCUACAAGGAGGUGUCAGAGCUGACAAAGUUGAGGAAGCAGGCCCUGCAGGACGCGCUGGCGCUCUACAAAAUGUUCAGCGAGGUCAACGCCUGUGAGGUUUGGAUUGAUGAGAAGGAGCAGUGGCUGAACAGCAUGGAGAUCCCUGAAAAACUGGAAGACCUUGAGGUCAUACAGCACAGGUUUGAAAGUCUGGAGCCAGAGAUGAACAGCCAGGCAUCUCGUGUUGCUGUGGUGAACCAGAUUGCUCGACAGCUGGUCCACAGUGAACAUCCGAGCCAGAAGGACAUUAAGUCUCAGCAGGACAAACUCAACAACAGGUGGAGUCAGUUCCGAGACCUAGUGGACCAAAAGAAGGAGUCCCUGAACUCAGCUCUGGGUGUGCAGAACUACCACCUUGACUGCAACGAGACCAAAUCCUGGAUCAAAGAAAAAACCAAAGUCAUCGAAUCCACCCAGGAACUGGGCAACGACCUGACCGGAGUCAUGGCUCUGCAGCGCAAACUGACCGGUAUGGAGCGGGACCUGGUAGCCAUUGAGGACAAGCUGGGGGACCUGCGUGGCGAGGCCCAGCGGCUGUCAGAGGAGCACCCAGACCAGGCCCAGGCCAUUACAGGACGCCUGGCUGAGAUCAAUGCCGUCUGGAAGGAGAUGAAGAACACUCUGAAGACCCGAGAAGAGUCGCUGGGAGAGGCCCGGAAGCUUCAGCAGUUCCUGCGAGAGCUAGAUGACUUCCAGUCCUGGCUUUCCCGUACACAGACUGCCAUCGCCUCCGAGGACAUGCCCAACACGCUGGCCGAGGCUGAGAAGCUGAUGGCCCAGCACGAAGGCAUCAAGAAUGAAAUCCAGAACUACGAGGAGGACUACCAGAAGAUGCGAGACAUGGGAGAAAUGGUGACGCAGGGUCAGACAGAUGCGCAGUACAUGUUCCUGCGUCAGCGGCUGCAGGCGCUUGACACAGGCUGGAACGAGCUGCAUAAGAUGUGGGAGAACCGGCAGAACCUGCUGUCCCAGUCCCAUGCUUACCAGUUGUUCCUGAGGGACACCAGGCAAGCUGAAGCCUUUCUCAACAACCAGGAGUACGUUCUGGCUCACACAGAGAUGCUCACCACUCUGGAGGGUGCUGAGGCUGCCAUCAAGAAGCAAGAGGACUUUAUGACCACCAUGGAUGCCAAUGAGGAUAAGAUCAACGCAGUGGUGGAGGCGGGUCGUCGGCUGGCGUCUGAUGGGAACGUCAACGCCGAUCGUAUCCAGGAGAGGGUCUCCUCCAUCGACGACAGGCACAAGAAGAACAGGGAGGCUGCUGUUGAGCUGCUGAUGAGACUGAAGGACAAUAGAGACCUGCAGAAGUUCCUGCAGGACUGUCAGGAGCUGUCUCUGUGGGUCAGUGAGAAGAUGUUGACAGCGCAGGACCUGACCUAUGAUGAGGCCAGGAACCUGCACAGCAAGUGGCUGAAACACCAGGCCUUCAUGGCCGAACUGCAGUCCAAUAAGGAGUGGCUGGACAAGAUCCAGAAGGACGGGAAGCUGCUGGUGUCAGAGAAGCCGGAGACGGAGGAGGUGGUGAAGGAGAAGCUGUCAUUGCUCCACAGCAUGUGGGAGCAGCUGGAGUCCACCACUCAGACCAAAGCCCAAUGUCUGUUUGAUGCUAACAAGGCCGAGCUGUUCACGCAGAGCUGCGCUGACCUGGACAAGUGGCUGGGCGGCCUGGAGGGCCAGAUCCAAUCUGACGACUACGGCAAAGACCUGACGUCCGUCAACAUACUGCUGAAGAAACAGCAGUUGUUGGAGAACCAGGUAGAGGUGCGUCAGAGGGAGGUGGUGGAACUGCAGAGCCAUGUGAAGGCCCUUGGUCAAGAGGUGAAGGACACUGAUGAGGUGGACGGGCGGAGGCAGGUGGUGGAGAAGAAGUUCCAAGAGUUGCUGGAUCCACUGCGGCGCCGCAGAAACUUCUUGGUGGCGUCCAGAGAGGUUCACCAGUUCAACCGAGACAUUGAGGAUGAAAUCCUCUGGGCCCAGGAGAGGAUGCCUGUGGCCACAUCUUCUGACUACGGCCACAACCUGCAAACGGUUCAACUGCUGAUCAAGAAGAACCAGACGGUGCAGAAGGAAAUUCAGGGUCAUCAGCCUCGUAUCACCGACAUUCUAGAGCGCAGUCAGAGUCUUCUGCAGGACGAGUCCUCCAACAGCGAUGGGAUCCAUCAGCGUCUGUCAGACCUGCAGCAGCUGUGGAAACAGUUGAUGGAGGAAGUUGAGCGGCGCAAUGAACGGCUACAGGAGGCCCACAAAGCCCAGCAGUACUACUUUGAUGCUGCCGAGGCUGAGGCCUGGAUGAGCGAACAGGAGCUCUUCAUGAUGUCAGAGGAGAAAGCCAAGGAUGAGCAGAGUGCCGUCAACAUGCUGAAGAAGCAUCAGAUCAUGGAGCAGGCGGUCGAGGACUAUGCCGAGACUGUCCACCAGCUGUCUAAAACCAGCCGAGGACUUGUGGCCGAUGGACACCCAGAGAGUGAACGGAUCAGUAUGCGGCAAUCCAAGGUGGAUAAGCUGUACGCCGGCCUGAAGGACCUAUCCGAGGAGAGGCGGGGUAAACUGGAUGAGAGGCUCCGCCUCUUCCAGCUCAAUCGGGAGGUGGACGACCUGGAGCAAUGGAUUGCUGAGCGAGAGGUGGUUGCUGGGUCUCACGAGCUGGGUCAGGACUACGAACAUGUCACUAUGCUGCAGGAGAGAUUCCGGGAGUUUGCGCGGGACACUGGGAACAUUGGGCAGGAGCGUGUAGACACCGUCAAUCGGCUGGCAGAUGAACUUAUCAACGCCGGGCACGGUGAUGCAGCCACAGUGGCCGAGUGGAAAGACGGUCUGAACGAGGCCUGGGCCGACUUGCUGGAACUCAUCGACACCAGAACUCAGAUCCUCGCUGCCUCCUUCGAGCUCCAUAAGUUCUACCACGAUGCCAAAGAGAUCCUGGCACGCAUCGCGGACAAGCAGAAGAAGCUGCCAGAUGAGAUGGGCCGGGACCAGAACACGGUGGAGACAUUGCAAAGGAUGCACACCACCUUUGAACAUGACAUCCAGGCACUCGGAACACAGGUGAGGCAGCUUCAGGAGGAUGCCGUUCGCCUGCAGUCAGCGUACGCCGGAGAUAAGGCAGAUGACAUCCAGCGCCGGGAAAGCGAAGUGUUGGAGGCCUGGAGGAGCCUGCUGGAGGCCUGCGAUGGGCGCAGGGUCCGCCUCCUGGACACCGGGGACAAGUUCCGCUUCUUCAGCAUGGUCCGGGACCUCAUGCUCUGGAUGGAGGACGUGAUCCGGCUCAUCGAGGCCCAGGAAAAACCCCGAGAUGUUUCUUCUGUGGAGCUGCUGAUGAACAACCAUCAGGGCAUCAAGGCGGAGAUCGAUGCCCGUAACGACAGCUUCACCACCUGCAUUGAGUUGGGCAAAGCUCUGCUGGCCAGGAAACACUUUGCUUCUCCAGAGAUUAAAGACAAGCUGCUGCAGCUGACGGACAAAAGGAAGGAGAUGAUCGAUAAGUGGGAGGACCGAUGGGAGUGGCUCCGCCUCAUCCUGGAGGUGCACCAGUUCUCGAGGGAUGCCGGCGUGGCCGAGGCCUGGCUCCUGGGCCAGGAGCCGUACCUGUCCAGCAGGGAGAUGGGGCAAAGUGUGGACGAGGUGGAGAAGCUCAUCAAACGCCACGAAGCUUUUGAGAAGUCUGCCGCCACCUGGGAAGAACGCUUCUCUGCCCUGGAGAGGCUGACCACGCUGGAGCUUCUGGAGGUCCGGAGGCAACAGGAGGAGGAGGAGAAGAGGAGGAAACCACCGUCUCCUGAACCAGCUGAGGUCCAGCAGCAGCAGAGCGCCUGCACUCAAAACGGACUCGCACUGGAUCAGAACUCUCCUCAGGACGCACUGGAAGGUGACGAUCUGGUGAACGGCUUCGCUGAGCCCAGCUCCAAGGAGCCAAGCCCCACCCCCUCACCAACAUCUGGCAGGAAGACUAAGAGCCAGUCGUCUACACUGCCCGCCAAGAACCAGGACCUGACCUCGCUUCUUGAAGGCUUCCUGCAUCGUAAACAUGAGUGGGGAGGUCACAACAAAAAGGCCUCCAACAGGUCAUGGCACAACGUGUACUGCGUCAUCAGGAACCAGGAAGUGAGCUUCUACAAGGACAACAAGGCAGCUGGACAGGGCGUGGCUUAUCAUGGCGAGCCACCCGUCAGCCUGAAGGAUGCCACCUGUGAUGUGGCGUCCAACUACAAGAAGAAGAAACACGUCUUCAAACUCAGAGUCCCGGAUGGAAACGAGUAUCUGUUCCAAGCCAAAGAUGAAGAGGAGAUGAGCUCCUGGAUCCAGACCGUCCUCACCGCCGCCACAGACCACUCCCACACGGAGGGCAGCGACCCCGGCACGCCGGCCUCCGGGCGCGCUCAGACGCUGCCCGCUACCGUCACGCUCGGCGCCGAGUCCAGUCCCGGCAAGAGAGACAAAGAGAAACGCUUCAGCCUGUUCAGCAAGAAGAAACAGUAGAACCACGAGGAACCAACCAGAACCCUGACCCAGAACACCUCAGUGGAACCACCUGACACUCUGACCCAGAACACCUCACAGUUCUGUCUGCAUCAGAGCUUCUUCUUCAAGGUCCAAACAGCACAUCCUGAUCCUGGUUCUGCUUAUGAAACCUUAAGAGUUCUGGUUCUGCUGCAGACAAGCUAUCCACUUUCAUUUGAUGCUCUUUGGGUCCAGAACCCAUUAAAGGUCCAUGCAGCAGUGAGCUCAGUGUUCUGACCCGUUUGGACCAAAUGAAUCUGAACAACAGAGCCUGAUGUCAGCUGGGAAACAAUAAAAAGUAAAACUACAGAAAAUACCUGACUGAAUCGGGUCUGGUUCCAUCAGAACUUCAGAUACACAACCAUUUCUGCUGAUGACAUCAUCACUGAUGAGUGAUGACAUCAUGAGUGAUGUCACGACCAGAAGCCAGAGGUUGACCGCUGACAGGAUUAGGUUUCACUGAUGUGUUUCUUGGACCCGGUUCUUCGUUCUGAAGGAUUUUGGUUCUGUUUUGUUGAUGUUUGUGGUGGGCGGGGACUCGCUGGGCUCAUCGGAGCAUCUACUGGCUCUGAUUGGUGGCUCUGGUGCCGCGCUGACCUCAUGAGGGACCAGUUGCUCAGUUUUUGGGUUUUUGUUUUUCCUCAGUUCUGUGAGGGUUCUGGAGACAAACUGGACCAACUGUGCUUUGAACUUUCUAUUGGUUCUGCUCUGUGUACAAAUGUUCACCUGCAUGCUUCAUGUAGAGCUCACACCUAAAACCUCUUUGGUUCUGCUGGGUCCGGCUCGCUCUGCAGCUCAGACACUUUCUGCUCGAGGUUCUGACCCGUGUUUUAGCCAACAUGUAUGACCGUUUGGGCUCAAUCAGAACUGGCUGCAUAUUUAAAUUCAUGUAUCAAACUGCACCUGAACUCAUUAAAGCUUUGAAACUAUACACUCAA